UAGGCGGGUGCGUGGGUGGGGCGGGCUCAGGCGGGGGCGGCGUGUGCAGGGGGAAGUUGCCAGGGCUGCGAGGUCCACGCUUGGUGCUGCUCUCGCGCAAGGCCAGCUCAGGGACGGAAGCGGAAGACCGGAGUUUGCAAAGGGCCACUUAACUUUUCCUGGGAGGCAGGAUUCCGAACCUUGGCCAAGGCCCUUAAGAAUUGGCGUGUUACCUGCGAGGUGGACGGGGUCUAGGCGGCAACCAUGGGGGGGAUGCUCAGCGCGGACCUCCAGGCCUCGGUAUGACUCCGGUGAAGAGGAAGUGCAUCUGCGAGCUGUGCUCCUGUGGGCGACAUCAUUGUCCACAUCUCCCUACCAAGAUUUAUGAUAAAACAGAGAAACCAUGUCUUCUCUCCGAAUAUACAGAGAACUACCCUCUUUAUCACUCUUACCUGCCCAGAGAGUCCUUCAAGCCCAAGCUGGAGUACCAGAAAGGGUGCACACCAAUGGAAGGCCUGACCACAUCGAGGAGAGAUUUUGGGCCUCACAAAGUGUUACCAGUGAAGAUCCAUCAGCCUGACCAGUUCGUCUCAAGUGGAGAGACUAUGGAUCUGCUCACAACAUAUAAGCAAGAUUACAACCCCUACCCUGUCUGCCGAGUGGACCCCAUCAAACCUCGGGACAGUAAAUAUCCAUGUGGUGACAAGAUGGAGUGUCUGCCUACUUAUAAAGCUGAUUAUUUACCCUGGAACCAACCAAGACGAGAACUGCUUUGUCCACCACACAACUACCGGCCGACAUCAACCAAGUUUGAUAGUCGAACCACACACCAGGAUGACUACUCCAUGAAGGGCCUAGUGAAUACCACGAGCUGUAAGCCUCUGGCCAUGCCCAAACUCUGUAACAUCCCCCUGGAGGAUCUGACUAACUACAAGAUGAGCUACAUAGCCCACCCUAUGGAGAAACGCUUUGUGUAUGAGCCGGAGAAGUUCAGACCCUGUGAAAUCCCCUUUGAAAACCUCACCACCCACAAAGAGUCAUACAGGGGCCUGAUGGGAGAGCCAGCCAAGAGCUUGAAACCUCCAGUCAGGCCUGGUGGGCUAGACACACCUUUUACCACCACCGAGUUUCGAGAUAAAUACCAAGCCUGGCCAACACCCCAGAUGUUCUCCAAAGCUCCUGCCACCUAUGUCCCUCCUGAAGAAAAGAUGGACCUUAUGACAACAGCGCAGGCCCAUUACACGUACCCUAAGGGUGGCCCAGCUCAGUCCUGCAGACCGGUGCUCUCCGUCAAGAAGGGUGGCCGCUUCGAAAGCUCCACCACGACCAAAGAUGACUACAAGCAGUGGGUCAGCAUGCGCACAGAGCCACUCAGGCCCAUCCCCCAGCUGAACCUUCCCACUGAGCCCUUGGACUGCCUGACCACCACUCGAGCCCACUAUGUGCCCCACCCACCCAUGGCUACCAAAAGUUUUAAGCCCUCCUUGUCUGGCCCCCGAGGAAAUAUCCCUCUGGAGGGCCAGACCACAUACACCAUCAGCUUCACGCCCAAGGAAGUGAGCAGGUGCCUGGCUUCAUAUCCCGAACCCCCUGGCUACAUCUUUGAGGAAACAGAUGCUUUGGGGCAUAGAAUAUACAGGCCAGUUUCCCAGAUAGGCUCUCAGGGAAGCAGCCGUCUUUCUCUAGGAGAUCCGAAAAAUCCCAACCAUCAAGAGUUGGCUGUGUCAGCUUGAUUUUUAACAGUUGUACUUUAAAAAUUGCACAAUACUUUUAAAAGCAGAUGAUUGAGUUAUUCAUUGGACAAAAAAAGAAUUCCCCAAAAUGAAAAAAACCCCCUUCAUCAUCAUUUCCAGGACACUUGAAUAAAAUGAGAAUCACUUGACUCAAGGAAAAUGACUUUUAAUCACUGGCUAAUUAGUCCCCUUACCCCUCCCUCUGCUGUCGGUCCCUCUUGGGUCCUUUACCUUGUGCUCAUGGAAUCAAAGCUGGUUUCUGAGGUUUUGCCCCAUCUGGAUGUAUUUUAUUAAUUUAAUCAUUGUAUGCAUUGACAUUAUGAUUAACCCUUGCCAAGCAUGAAGUGCCACAGAAUAAACUUUAUUCUGGUGGGA